CGCGCUUCUUCAGGCGGCCCGUCGACUACUUUCACCGAUGAUAUGGAACUUGCGUCAGACGGCGUGCUGUGGAACAUCCUAGCGGCCCGGCUCACGUCCUGCCCUCAAGACCGAUACCGGCUGCUGCGACGUGACGAGCAUAAAAGGGUCUCACCAACUCAUCACCGCUGUAGGCCUCUUGUCCUGCGUUGCUCACAUGAAGUUCUCGACCUUCUUCCUCGGCCUUGUGUCGCUCUCCGUCGCAAUUGCUACGGUCCUCGACCGCCGAGCUGUAUCUGACAACCAACUCUUCGGUUAUGCGACGUUGAAUGGUGGCACUACCGGAGGUGCGGGCGGCACAGUGACCACCGUCACGUCGCUGGCAGAUUUGCGUAGUGCUGUCACAGGCGCUACGCCGAAAAUCGUUCAGGUAUCUGGCAUUAUCACUGGCGAUGGAGACACCAUCGACGUUGGAAAUCACACCACCGUCAUCGGACUUGGGAGCAACUCCGGCGUCACCGGUGGAGGCUUCCGCGUGAAGAAGGGAACCAACGUCAUCUUCCGCAACCUCAAACUGUCCAAGUCUCCGCACCCAACUGACCUGAUUGAGCUCCAAACGUCUACCAACAUCUGGGUUGACCAUAACACAUUCACCUCGGACUUGGACCAUGACAAGGACUUCUACGAUGGGCAGCUCGACAUGAACCACGGCACCGACUUCGUCACUGUUUCUUGGAACAUUUUCCAGCAGCACUUCAAGACGUCACUUGUUGGAGGUUCUGACAAUACCGGCGACGAGGACUCGGGUCAUCUUCGAGUCACGUACCACCACAACUGGUUCCUCGACGUCAAUUCGCGCACACCCUCCAUUCGUUUUGGUACUGGCCAUAUCUACAACAACUACUUUGACAACGUCUUCGAUUCUGCUAUCGACUCUCGUGACGGUGCUCAAACCUUGGUCGAAUCCAACGUCUUCAACAACGUCACCGACCCCAUCGAGACGACCCUCAACGGUGGAUUCUCCAACCAACGUAACAAUAUCUUCCAGGAUACCACGCUCGAUUCUGAUCUCGCGGUCGGAACACUCACCAGUGUUCCAUACACUUACGCGACUGAUGCGGCAAGCGCGGUCGUAGCUGCCGUGACUGCUUCAGCUGGGGCUGCUAUAGUGACGUCUCUUCCUUGA